CCGCUGUGAGGGCAGGCACCGCCCCGCGCCUGCGCUGAGAUGGCGGCGAAGCCGGAGCGGGCUCCGCGCAUGCUCAAAGCGCUGAGGGCAAGCGAGCGGCGGGAAACCGCCAUGGCGGAGGCAGCGGCGGGACCCGGCGGCUCCCCCGGCCCGGCCGCUGCCCCGUCCCCGCGGGGCUCGGCCGGGCCACGGGAGGACGAGCGAUGCGUCGGCGGACCCAGCCCUGAGAGCGGAGGGGCCGCGGCAGCCCCGGAGCCGGCCGCCGAAGCAGCGGGCGCCGAGGCGAUGUGGAAGCCCCUGGGCAGGAAGGGCACGCCGGGCUCGGCCGGCAGGAGGAGGAGAGCGGCGAGCAGCCCCCGGCUGCGGGAGUCGCCGCUGCACUCGUUCCGCCUGUCGCCGCUGGUCGCCAGCCCUCAGGGCCGCCAGCGCCGCUCCUGGCGCCGCUCCAGCCUCCAGGGCCGCCGCUCCCGCCGCAAAUCGCUGCCCCCCGUGCACCAGGAGCUGCGCGAUUUGAGCAAAUCCAUCAGCCUGGAGCUUCCUGAAGUCCAACGUCUCUCCCUGCUCCUCCUCUCCAGCUUCCAGUUUUCUGCCCGGAAGUUGCAGCAGGCCCUGCAGGAAUCCGAAGGCUUCGACCCCGAGGCUUUCGCUGCCAACGUCCAGAAGGGCACAGAGGAAUUCCAGAGGCUCCUCCAGAGGCUGCUCCACGAUGGGACCCUCCAGAACUGCGUGGAGCCGAGCCCGGGGGAUUCCCUGGAUCCGGCCCUGCAGGAAUCCGUGGCUCAGCUGAAGCUGCUCAUGGCCAGGUUCCGGGGGGAGCUGCAGGCCUGGCAGGGGCUCCUGCAGCAGCACCUGCAGCGCUCCCAGGAGGCCGCCAGGAAUUUGGAGCAGCUCCGCUCGGGGUCGCCCCCCUGGCCCCCUGCCCCCCUCCCCAAAUCCCAAAUUUUGGACUCCAAGCCCGACUACGGCGCCGUGCUGGCCCAGCAGGGCCCCGUCCUCGACUCCCUGCGGCUCCUGGUGGAUGAGGCCCAGGAGGCCGGGAAGAUGGUGCUGGAAUUCCAGGAGCAGAGCAGCCGCUCCCUCAGGGACCUCUCGGAGAAGCUGGCUUCCAGAGCGUUCCGGCGGCUGCCGGGGUCCCCCGCGCGGCGGCUGCUGCAGAAGAGGCCCCGGAAGGCUCCGCCGGCGGAGGGGGAGGGAGAAUAAAACGGGAAAAUCCCGAAAUCUCUCGGUUUUGCUCCAAAAUAUUCCCGGGUUUUGGUCUUUGAAGCGGCGCUUCCGGGUUUGGUGGUGCGCGGUGGUGAUUGGUUGGUGUGGCUGUCAAUCAGAGGGCUCAGCCAAUCACGGGGCGGAGGGGGUGAGACCAUAAAGCGCGAUGAUGUAUAUUUUCCGUGUUUGGGCGGUGCUUUGCUAUGAUUCGCCCGCGAUUGUGUCAAUCACAGUGGUCAGCCAAUCGAA